UACAUGCGGAGACAGUUGGCACACAGAGGCCGUGCUCAGGAGACCGUUACUGCUUUGGUGCCUUCAAGAGAAGCCAGCAACAGAGGCCAUUAGACGUCCGGAGCAGCGUACUACAGAGAACUGCAGGUGGACCCAACUGAAGAAGGCAUCCAAUGGGGGUCCCUGCCUACACCAGCAGCAUGGCUGAGAAUUGCAAUUCCACAAAUAUUUCCAUGUGCAAUUUCACAUGCAAUUCCAAGGACUAUCCACAUGAAGAGAGCAAGUUGCUUCUGAUUGCAGUGUACAGCAUCGUCUCCAUUGUGGGCCUGCCGGCCAACUGUCUGACCGCCAUCUUGACCUUAGUCCAGAUCUGUAGGGGAAACAGUCUUGCCAUCUACCUGUUUGGCCUGUCAUUGUGCGAGUUGAUGUACCUGAGCACCCUCCCACUCUGGAUCAUUUAUGUGCAGAACAACCGUAGCUGGAACAUCGGGGAACAUUCUUGCAGAGUGACAGGAUACAUCUUUUUCUGCAACGUCUACAUCAGCAUCCUUCUCUUGUGUUGCAUUUCCGUAGAUCGCUACAUGGCGGUGGUCUACCCCCUGCGGAGCAGGGGGCUGCGAAACCAGAGGAUCGCCAUGGGUGUUACGUUGGUUCUCUUUGUCGUGGUGGCAAUAACCUAUAGCCCUGUGUUUUUUGACAGAAACAUCCAGACGUCGAACAUGAGCACCUGCUUUGAAAGUCCUCUCAAUCCCCGACUGGCCAAUUUCAACAUCGUUCGCUUCCUAGUCGGAUUUAUUAUCCCUUUCGCAAUCCUCAUUUUCAUGAACUACAAGAUCUUUCAAAGCAUUAAGAUCAGCUACAGCCUGAGCCCACACCAGAAAUCCAAAGUGAAGUACCUAGCCAUUGCGAUUAUUUCCAUCUUUGUGGUCUGUUUUGCGCCUUACCAUUUCGUGCUGCUCGUACGAGCCAUCCGUUUUCAUUGGCACCCAAAUGAGUAUUGUGACUUUGAGAAGAAAACCUACACCCUCUCCACUGUGUUCCUGUGUUUGUCCACUGCUAACAGUGUCGCAGACCCAUUUAUUUAUGUGCUGGCGACUGAAAACACAAAACACGAGAUACGUCAGGCGUUCAGAGUGAUGGGGGGUCGUUUUUUGAACAAUUCCAAGACGGACAGCAACAAGCCGGACAGUACACAGAAGACACCGGUGGAUCCCUCAGAGGUGCAUACAGAGGACAGGUAGCAUCUCUUCCUGGAAAAGUUUGUAUAAAGAAUAGGAAGAUGGGCACAUUCGUCAGCAGGAGGGACCUCUUAGGUCCAUGAGGCUCAGCAGAUCCUGGCCUAUGUGUGGAGGAGGAUAAACCUUCCCUCUUGCAAAGCAUAGCCUUGUUGCAUCAGAUGCUACAAACAGACCUUGCAGGAAAUCCUGGCGGUUAUACAUAACAGGAUUACAUCAUGAUGCCAUGCUUUGUGGCCAGAUCCAUCCACAGUACAGAACGUGGUGUGACCUAGGAUGGGUCAGAGUAUGUUUUUUGAUGAACUCCGGGAACUUUUAUUAGUAUUAUUACUGCUUAGCAUUAGUAUUAGUAUCUUUACCGUCUCGUUUGGGAUGAACUUUUAGAAGAACGGGGCAGCGGGUUUUCUCUCUGUUGACUGUCAGCUUGUGGUGCUUGCGUCCUCCAUUUGGUAUGCUGCACAAUUCCUCUGUGAUUCCACACAUGAGCUUGGCGUGGGGGUCGGUGGCAGAGACCCCCAAACAAAAACAACCGUUGAAAUUGCGCCGGCAGCCCGCCGGCAGUGAGAGUGCCGAGACAGGGUGUUUCCAUCUGCUAAAGGCUUCCGGACAGCAGUGUGGGCCGGUGACAAGGGUCCCCACAAUAUGCUCAUUGGACUCCCUCUCAACAGCUGAGGUGGGGCGUGUCCAGAGGCGCACUGAGAGAAAAUGGCACCUGAGGCAACACCUGCUCAAGCGCCCCCCUGCUUAUCGCAACCAGGGAGGGAGAGGACU